AUGGAUGUGGAUGAAGUAUUGGCAUCUUCUAUUGAAGCAAAGCUUCUUCCUAAGCCUCCAUCGUCCUCUCGAGCUUGUAUCUUCAGAGUUCCCCAUGUACUCUCUGGCCAAAGUGAAGGUGCUUUUGCACCUAAUAAAGUCUCAAUUGGCCCCUUUCACCAUGGUCAUGAAAACCUGAAGAGCAUGGAAGAAUUCAAACUAUGGUAUUUGCAUGGCCUUCUCUCUCGUGCCCCAACUCCACAGACAAGUUUAAAGAUAUUCACCAAAGCCAUUCGGCAGUUGGAGGAACGUGCACGUGAGUGUUAUGCAGAACAGUUGAUCGACCUUGACACAGAUGAAUUCGUGGAGAUGAUGUUAGUUGAUGGUUGUUUCAUCUUAGAACUUUUCCGCAAGAAAGCAAAUGGCAUAGGAGGACUUCAAAGAGAUGAUCCCAUAUCCAGUACACUUUGGAUGGACACUUUCUUGAGAGUUGACUUGAUGUUGCUUGAGAACCAAAUCCCAUGGUUUGUUCUUGAAUGUCUAUUCAACCUCACUGAGCCUCCCAUACAAAGAAGCCCAUCCCUAGCCGAGCUUGCAUUUGGUUUCUUUGAUACUAUGAUGCCAAUGAUAGAUCCUGCCAAAUCGAGCUCUACACAUGAAAUGAAGCAUUUACUUGACUUGCUGUGGAACAACAUAAUUUCAGCUUCUGCAGAUUUGGAGGUGAGUCAGGUCACAUUGGAGAAUGAAUAUUGGGAAGUGAUUCCUAAAGUGACAGACGUUGUAGAGGCUGGAGUCAAAUUUAGGAAGGGCAACCCUGAAGAAAUACUGAAUAUAAGAUUCAAGGAUUGGGUAAUGGAUAUUCCUCCAUUGCCAAUUCAGGGAAGCACAAAAUGUCUCUUUCGGAACCUCAUUGCUUAUGAGCAGUGUUCUUAUUUCCUCCCCAGCCGGAUCACAUCUUAUGUUAUGCUUUUGAACCGUCUCAUUAAUCACUCAUCAAAGGAUGUGCAGUUACUAAGGGACCAAGGUAUAUUAGAGAAGCGUUUGAGCACUGCAGAAGAUGGGUCCCUUUUCUUUAGCAGGGUUUUGAAAGGUAUUAUUCUCCACAAGUUCUAUUAUGUGGGAAUUUACCAGAAAGUGAAUGCUUAUUAUCGAACUAGUCGGCAUAAGCGGCAAGCAACACUGAAGCGUGACUACUUCAACAAUCCACUGACAAUAAUUUGCCUCAUCGUUGUUAUUGCACUACUACUUCUUAAUGCCUUCAUGCGAACCUUAUUCAUUAUCCUAAGUGACCAUUAG